CUGAAAUGCAGGCGUAAGCCUUUAACGCACACUCGCCUGCGCUUACUUCAAACUGAACCUUACGCUGAGUCGGUUGUCCGUACGUGCGGUCGGGAUAUUUUUUAACAUUCUGCAACUUGGCAAGAAGAGUUUGAAGAACAGGUACAAAAGUGCGUGCAUCAUCACGGGUCUCAGUUGAGAAGAGUCUGUGUGUGUGUUUUAAUUGAUUGUUUGGGCCAGUUGCAGUGCCCAAAACACAGCAAGAAAAGAUUGUGAUAACUCAUUCACGUGCAAUAGUGUGCCUUAAAAACAAUGCCGAUACGUCGUUGUUGCUAAAGUUCCCGUGAAACAACACACACCGAGUAGCGAGCCGCGCGCGGUUGGUGUGAUCUGAAAUUUGACGAUCGUCAGAAAGUGAAUCUUUUACCCGGAAGUAGCAUUCCGGUACUGUUUGUGCGUGUGUGCGUGCGUGUGUGUAUUUGUUACACAAAUUGUUUGAAAUAAGCGGCCCCAGUCUCCUCCUUCCCCGGGAGCACUACACAGCUUGUCACAUGAAUCAACAGCACCACAAUCAUCACAUCAUGAGCUCGUACGGUGCCAGCACUGAAAACAGCGGCUCGAACCAACAGUCGACACAGAGCAUCGCCGACUACCUGGCACAGCUGCUGAAAGACCGCAAACAGUUGGCCGCCUUCCCGAACGUGUUCCUCCACAUCGAGCGGCUGCUGGACGAGGAAAUUUCCAAAGUCCGGGCCUCCCUGUUCCACAUCAAUGGCGUCACGAAGGAACCGCUACAGCUGCCCGAAGCCGAGGGCGAAUCGGUUACCAUGAACGAGAAGGUGUACGUCCCGGUGAAGGAAUAUCCCGACUUUAACUUUGUGGGACGCAUCCUCGGACCGCGCGGCAUGACCGCGAAACAGCUCGAACAGGAAACCGGAUGCAAGAUUAUGGUCCGAGGGAAGGGUUCGAUGCGGGACAAGAAGAAGGAGGACGCGAACCGCGGCAAACCGAACUGGGAGCACCUGUCGGACGAUCUGCACGUGCUGAUCACGGUCGAGGACACGGAAAAUCGGGCCUCGAUCAAGCUGAAGCGUGCGCUGGACGAGGUGAAAAAGUUGCUCGUACCGCACGCCGAGGGUGAGGACGAGCUGAAGAAGCGGCAGCUGAUGGAGCUGGCCAUCAUCAACGGUACGUACCGGGACUCGACCACCAAGGUGGCGCCGGCCGACCAGACCUUCAACUUCGACCCGCAACAGUACACGGACGAGCGGUGGAAGCUGGCAGCGGCGGCGGCAGCCGAUACCCGCAUGCUGAACCCGCUGGCCGCCGCCAACCUGGCCGCGGCGAAUUCGCUCGCCGGCCGCACCGCACCGAACCCGCUCGGGGCGCCCAUCAUCCUGUCGCCCCGCAUCUCCGUCCCGACGACUGCUGCCAGCCUGAUCCCGGGGUCGGGUCCGCCGCCGACGAUCGAUCACACGACCGGGCUGAUCUACGCGUCCCCCUACACGGACUACAGCUAUGCGCUGGCGGCCGCCGGCAAUCCGCUGCUCACGGAGUACGCCGAUCACAGCUUCUCACGGCUCGGGUGCUACGCUGGACCGCGCCUGGGGCAGAUGAGAGUCUAACAACGGCGAAAACCACCCAAAAAUACGAUUAAAAAAAAUAGGCAAAGAAAAACCAUGUGGUGGUGUGGUCCCGGCACUUGUGGCUGGGCGGUACACCCUACUACACCCUACUACUCACUGCUGCAUGCGCGCGAUCAUCUGUCAGGUCGAGAUUUCCGUAAUGCAACCGCUCGGGAGCUGGUUUCCAAUUUCAUCGCCCGAUCUGCCUAAGCGUGUGGAGAACGGAUGUGAGCGUUGAGGCUAGCGAGAUACCUCAGCGGAAGAAGGCUAAAGGCUUCUAACUGGAGACAAGAGAGUCGCAAAAGACACAUCUUCCUGUCGUGCAAAAGUCUCUUUCAAUGUUCCAGGUCCGGCAAUUCUGAAACGAAAACAACGAUCUCCUCACGAUGGCGCAACCGAACGGCCAUCUGCGUACGGUGCGGUUGCAUGGAUACGAUGGGGUGCCAUACCAUCCUUACCAGCAGCAGCAGCAGCAGCAGCAGGCGGCUUUACCGGACCAAUACUUUCCUCAGUACCAUCAUCACAGCCAGCAGCCCCAGCAGUACGGCUUGCCCCAGCUGUAUCAGCAUCCUGCGUUCCAGUAUCAGCAACUAUUGCACCACCGUACACAGCCGCUGCGGCAUACCCAUCAGCCGCACCGUCUCCGCUAACGUUUUACUGACGAAGCUUCUUCCCUGACAUCCGGUUACAUCUCGCCCGCUUUGAUCCGGUCACCUGCGUCCAUCAUCUGGCGUGACGGACCAACCGUACACAAGUACGCGGGUGGUGACAGCCCGCGCUCAAGUGCUAAACAGACGCAUCACCGGAAGGAAAAGUGUGCGUGUGCGGGUGUGUUAGAGGGAGAGAGAGAGAGUGUGUGUGUGUGUGAGCAAAUACCAACAUACCACUGCCGAUCGGUCACACAAUAUCGGGGAUCCAACUGACCAACAGGCCGGAAAUCGAUCGAUGACGUCGAUCGAUGGCGCGCUUUUGGAUGGCCGUGUGUGACUUCAUGCCGUUUUCUUGGGUCACAGUUUUUUUUUAACGCUUCUAUUCAAUGUGUUAUUUAUUCAUGCGUGGUAUGGUGGACAAAGUCUUCGAGUGGUCAGUCUGCGUUAAGGGUGACGAUUUUUUUUGUUUUCGUAUUUGCUGCUCCUCCUGCUGGUGACCCACAAGUGUUCAGGUUUUACGUCCGUUAUUACUCCGCGUCCGUCCGGUGGUGGAAGUGGCUUUGGGUGGUGUGUGUGUGUGAAGUGUGUACACCUGUUCGGUAUAGUAUUGUGUAUAUUUGUAGUAAAUUAUCAUAAAAAUCCAUGCCAUACCGGCGCGCUAAGGAACGGUGAGAUGCCGGAGCGCUAUGCUGCGCUGAUGUGCGGAUGGGGACACAUUACUUUCAACUAGUCUCUUCUCUUCGAGCACCAGGCAGAGCCGCUAGUUGCGAACAUCCCACUCCACCACCACCACGCGUGACAUCAUCUGCCUGAUGCGUGUUGGCGCAAAACCUGUAGAUAAGCUGGACAGCAGCUGGACAGAAACGACUGAUUUACUACCGAUCGGUUAGGAGGCAAGCAGGAGAGAGGAUCGGUGGUUGGGCUGCGCAGACGAAAGUACUGGCCAGUGGAAAGUAUUUAUCAUCGAUUAGUGAGCGAUCGAGCAGACUCGUCCACUCGUUGGGAGAUCGUUGGGGGGAAACAAUUAUUAUAAGGUGUGAUUCGUUCUUUUAAGUUUAGCCGAAACAAAACGGAGGGAAACAACGCCCAUCGCGCCGGGAACACUUGUAGCUACAUCUCAGAUAGUUUAACAUCAUCGUCAUAGGAUGAAGGUUCUUUUCAGUUUUUUUUUCUGUUGGUUGUUGUCUUGAGGGCACAGUUUCUUCCACAUUGUUGUGCGCCAAAUGCCAUUCAUUCGUCGGUCGGUCGGUCCCCCGUUUACGACAUAAUCAAAUUGAUGUGCAUACAUUCCAUAACUACCGUUAUAAGUCGACCAAGGGUCCAGCCCGAUGGGGUGGGGGGGGGAGGUGGGGGGGGAGGGGAGGUGUCUUGUUCACGAGGGCAGUUGAUUUAAGGUACUUGCAAAACGGAACACCAAAUCAAGGUGAAGAAUAAAAGGGCCGAGGGGCGAUACCGAGCGAAGAGUGGCCAUGAUGUUGGCCAAGAAGGAGCGCUGUAUCAUCGUGACAAAUGGCGUGUGCGUGUGUGUAUGCAGCUGGGUGUGUGGAGACAGUAAAGGUGCAAAAAACGAAACGAAAUUGGAAAAAGAUGAUCAAGGCCAAGCUUCGAAAGCGGAAGCAUUAAGAUGUGAGAGCCCCUCUGCACAAGGCACCAAAACAGAUUCACGCGCGAUGCAACCAAGAGUUGUUUUUUAAGUUUAAACGUAGGAAAAUUUAAAAGAAAAGGAGAAAUUUGCCUUCCGGCAAUGCCAUACCGCUUAGCCUUAGGUUGGGUGACCAAUAGAGGGGACGGACCCCACCCCCCCCCCCCCCCCCCCCCCCCCCCCGGGUUGGUGAUCGUCCGUUUGGAGUUGGAAGACAGCAGCCUAUUUGGGGAGUGGACCAACGGAUAACCGAGGAAACAGAAACAGCGGAACAGCUAGGAUGAAUGGAUGAAUGAAUGAAUGAAUGAUAUCGCAUGAACGAACCCCAGGUGUAUGGAUGGCCCCAAUAGCGCUGAACACAGGGGAGAGGAGGCACAAGUGUCAGGAGUGUUGUGCCCGAUUCCCACUGUCUCGAUAGCGGAUAAGCAAAUGAUCCCAAAAUUGAACCAAGUUACCAAGUAUUUGUGUUGUUCACAUUAGUUAGAGCCGCUGUUUUUAAAAAUACUCCAACCACGGCCAUCUUAAUAUUAUUAAAACAAAAACCGAUCCCCUAUGAUUUAUAAUACUUUUGAUACGACUUUGCAGUACUGUAAUUCAAAAAUGUUACUGUCCGCGAUGCAAUAGGAUGUAAGCUGUGGCAAACUAGUCUACCCCCCCGAGCGCGCGCGCUCAUAUGCGCACGUUUAGAUUAAGAGUCGAAUAAAAGGGAUGGGGCGAAACGGGGUGUGUGCGAAAACACGCAUCGUCAUCGGCCUUCGCCGGUAAACGAACUAGUAUUAUUUGAUGCUUAAGUUUGAUUUAUAAAAGGAAAAACAAGAAAUGCCCCCAGUAACUUAUAGACAUGCGUGUGUGUGUGUGUGUGUGGCCAUGCUGCGUGAAGGGCGCAAUUUUAAGGACAACUGCGAUAGCUGUUAGAUUUAGGCGAACGUAGUUAAGUGUAGCAAAUAUGUCUCGAUUAUUGUAGCAAAGCAAACGUGGUGAGAUGGUUCCGCUGCUGGAAGCAUUUUCACGCUAGUAUGCGAACACCACACCCUCUCUCUGCCCAUGCUACUGCUCUCCAUCCCUGCCAACUUUAUUCCUUUUUGUCCCAACCACGGGGGAAGCGAUCCCAAACUGCUGGGAAAGCAACCUUAAUGGAAUAUAAAAUAUACAUAUAUUAUACCGGUUAGCGAUCUAUUCUUAUUGUACUUCUAAUUUAUACGACAAGCAGCAAGAUUUGCUGCUAACCCGUACGGUACGGUGUAUACAUGAAGGUUUAUAAUUUAGUGUUAAAUAAAAUAUUACUACCCAUACGCCACAGGCAGGGGAUAGAUAGUUGGCGCGGCUUCAUGGAGCAAAAAAGAUCGUUUCUUACUACAACGCUCGAAACUGGCGCGAAGAAUUAAGCGGUAGUGAAGGCAUGCUGCGAACAUGAUGUUAGCGAUUUAUAGAAGUUUUUUUUUACAGAUAAGUGAAACAUUUUUUUAAAUAAAUGAAAACAAAAAACCGUAGUUUAAAAAAGCCGAAA